AUUGAAGCGACACUUCGUCGAAGCAACCAUUUCACAUCACAAGAACUUGCGUCUCUCCCAAAUCUCACUCCCUCUCUCUCCCUCCCUUCAAUGGCGCCCACGUCCCAGAUUCGCAUCUCGAGCAACCAGUUUCCGCAGGAACCUAUCGCAUCCGAUGCCGGCGCCGAUAUCGGGGCAGCCGCCCAGAAGGCGAACGGCCCCCUGGCGGCCAGGUGCAACCCGAUCCUGUCGGAGAGCAAGACGUCGAUACGGGGCGUGGUGGCGCAGCUGCUAGCGGUGGCCCGCCAGACGGAGAACAACAAGCCGCUGAUAUCGCUCGGCGUCGGCGACGCCUCGGCCUUCUCCUGCUUCAAGAAGGGCAAGCGCUUCGCCGACUCCCUCGUCGCCAUCGUCUCCGCCGCCACUUUCGAUUGCUACCCCCCUUCCUACGGAUUUCCCUUCGCCCGCAGAGCAGUCGCAGGGCACCUGUCGAAGGGAGUGAAGCAUGGAAUCCGAGAGGACGAUGUGUACAUGAUGGUGGGCGGAACGCAGGCCAUCCAGAUCUGUCUGACGGUGCUGGCAAGCCCAGGUUCCAACCUGCUCCUCCCUCGCCCGGGCUUCCCUCCUUACGAGGCCAUCUGCGAGAUCGUAGGCAUCGAACCCAGGUUCUACGACCUGACACCCCACCGCGGCUGGGAGCUCGACCUCUCACAAAUCCGCUCCCUGGCCGACGCCAACACUGCCGGAUUAGUCAUCAUCAACCCCAACAACCCCUGCGGUGCCGUCUACUCGCAUGCCCAUCUCCAACAGAUUGCGGAAACUGCAGGAGACUUGGGCAUUCCUGUUAUCGCAGACGAGAUAUAUGAGAAUAUGGUUUUUGGUGGAAGCAAAUUUGUCCGAAUGGCGUCCUUCGCACACUCGACGCCGGUCAUCACAAUCGGAGCCUUGUCCAAGCGCUGGAUGCUCCCGGGUUGGCGUCUCGGAUGGCUGGCCUUUUGUGAUCCUUAUGGGACUAUAAAACAGAUAAAGGUGGCAACAGAGAUGCUUAUGAAUGUCACUGCAGGACCAGUAUCAAUGAUUCAGGCAGCGGUUCCCAAUAUUCUAUCUGAUGCUCAUGAAGAUUUCCAUUCCCAAGUCCUGCAAGUGUUAGAAUCCUCACUAGAUGCUCUGUAUACAAAGAUUGAGCAAAUCAAGCCACUGCGAUGCCACUCCAAACCUCAAGGUUCAAUGUUCAUGAUGGUUGAGAUUAAUACUACACUUCUGUUUGGAAUUGAAAAUGAUAUGGAUUUUGCGACAGAGUUGAUGAGAGAAGAAUCAGUGCUAGUUCUACCAGGCUCAGUAAUAGGCAUGAAAAACUGGAUACGAAUAUUCUUUGGAAUUCCUGCUGAUAUACUGAAAGAGGCAAGUGAUAGAAUUCAAACAUUCUGCAGCAGAAGACAAAUUACAAUCAAAAGCCUGUAACAUCAAGAACAAGGAUUGAAGAUUCAAUAAAGAUAUCAUGUAAAGCUAGCUAACCAAUUAUGUCAAUUGAAAUCAUCAUGUUAGCCGCGUA